AUGCCAAUUAGCAAUCUACAGCUAUUGUCAUCAUUUUUCAGGAUAUAUUUCGCCUUAAACGAAGGUACUCUUGAAGAGCUACUUCCAAAGCCGAAAAAGAUCCAGAAUAACGCUCCUCUUCCAAAUCGAAUCAAAGAAAUUUUAUCUGAUGCAGGGCCGAUCGUUUAUUUGCUUAAUAAUUUGAUAGACCCUCAAUUCCAUUAUAAUCCUGAUCCAAAAGUUAUGGAUAGGACAAUGGAAAUUAGUAGUUUUUUCAGUAAUUUUCAACAAAUUGCCAGUAGCUUUCCAUCAGAGUUAGAAUUUUACGCUGUUGUUAAUGCAAUAGUAGCAUUUCACAAGAAAGAAACAAAUUACAUGAAAGUUUUCGAUUUUAUUCUUGCAAAUAUUCAUGAUAACGCAUUAGCUCGCCUCGCCAUUAAGUUUUUAGACAAAAAAGUAUUACACGCAUCAUGCCCGUGCAUGCAGGCUGAUGACGACGCCGAUGAUGAUUUUUCAGAAGAAUUAUCCGAUACAGAACAAGAUGUUAACCCGAGAAUCAGAAAUCACGAGCCAAUACCUGAUGUUAUCGCUAAAGCUCAUGAUGAUAAAGAGCUCAUGGCCCUUUAUUUGGCUUCUUGCGGUACAAUUCAUCGAGAAGAUUUAUUAUUACUAUAUCCUGAGUUUCUUCAUUCAGAUAUUAACUGGGAUCCUGUUUCCAUUGGUCCUCACGAUUAUGUUUCCCAAUCCUUAAAGAACGGCUACCAAAAACCAGACUAUGAGUUAGAAACUUACUAUAAAAUGUCAUACAGAUCUACUCCUAUGCAGAUUAAGAGUCUCCCUGUUACAGGAGCUAACAUUCACCAAGAAUUUGUCGAAAACAGAGAAUUUACUUGCUUAUGCUUCGAUCCAGGUGCCGAAAAGCACAUUGACCACGACAAGGCCAUUGCUCUCGGCUUCCUCAUGGCAGCUGCUGAGAUAUUACAUGACCAAGACGUUGAUAUUACGAAUCAAUACAAAGCAACUACAUCAAUUCUAACGCACGACAUAAAUCCUGGCAUUGUUGAAGCUCUACGUAAUAUUUACGACUUCCAAUCGGAAGAAAUUUACGAAUCUUUGCUUCAUAUCAAACAAGCUCACGAAAUCAUCGGCGGAAGGAUGAAAGACGCGCUUAUUAAGAUGAUACAUAAUUAUUAUCUCGACUAUUCUACAGUUUUCAUACGUCUAACCUCUGAAUCUGUCAGAGGAUUUCCAUAUGCAAAUCAUGUUAAAGAAUGUUUCGAUUACAUGAAAUCCAAAUACGGCGAAACUGAAGUUCCUAACGUUGCCCGUCUCGAUAAGGUCCUACAACCACUCUACGAAGCAGUUUCCUCCGGUGAACCAAAAUUCGGAAAAAUUUCGGAUUCAGAAAGUCUCCUUCUGAACAGGUUCUGCAAGUACUACAAGCAGUUCUUAAGGAAAUUCUACCCGAACGAGUUCAUGCUACCCGUAGAAACCCUCAUCGACGCUGGUUCCGACUGGCCCGCAAUAUUUGAAGAUAUAAUCUUGCAGGCUGUCAAAGAAUUCGGUUUACCACAAUACGAUGGCGAAGAAGUGAAGUACCAGACACCAAUUCUCAAUGAUUUGAUGGCGAAAACGGUGAUUGACUUCCAAAAUGAGAAAGAUGAAGAGAAUUCGAUCGUAAGAGAUGCUGUUUACUAUUUCAGGAAUAUUAAUGGAUACCAUAGAUUGGAUAUUAAGAUUUUCAAACCAUAUGAAGAAGUUUGUGUUCCUCAAUAA